GCCGAAGCGGAAGCCAUUGCCAUUGGACAAGGAAAUCCAUGUAACAUGUUUGUAAGUCUAGUAGUGUACAUGUAAGACCCCGGUAGCCGUUGGUAAGUAACUGCAGCUGCUAUGCGCAGUCAAGCAACCUUAGAAACCUUUUCGGACUUCCAUCGCAAUCCCUUCUUCCUUCAUUUUCUCACGUUUUCAACCAAAUCGUUGAAUUCGUUACCCAGUCAUGGCAGCCGAUGAGACAAGUCCGUUACUCCAAAAUGGUCAAGAUGGACGAAAUGGAGCCACUACUCCGAAGUCAACCAAGGUCACUAAGACCGCCGAUGCCGUCAUAUUCGGGCCCGCCAAUCGUAUCCUCCUUGCCGGCUUCUUGAUGGCUUUCACUCUUGGCAUUACCCAAGUCCCGAUCAUCUAUGUCUUCCGUCUUAUGGAAUGCGAUAUUUUCUACAGUCAUAAUCCUCCACUUGAAGGCCUAGGAGAUCGUUGCCAUAACCGCCAGAUCACGGCGGGAACAGCUCAGCAGGUUUCUAUUCUAGGAAUGUCAACUUCAUUCAGCGGAGUUUUCAACCUAUUCGUAUGUGGUUAUUUCAUCAAGAUCUGGGGACCUCGGUGGGCCUUCGUUUCGCAAACCGCCUUGUUAGGAUUGAGAGUUUCGACGCAAGUUCUUGGUGUGACAAUUGGUGGCCGGAAGGGUGAGAUCAUCUUUCAGGCAUGCCAAGCCAUUGGUAUAAUAGGGGGUCCACGUGGUUAUCAGCUAGUUCUCAAUACUGCGGUCAGUGAAUUGGUCGCGCCUAAGGACCGUACGGCCGUCUUUGGACGCUUACAGGGAUCGAUCAUGUUAGGGACUGCAUUUGGAUUCCUUCUUGGAGGUGUUCUUGGCGAUGUCUAUAAUAUCAGACGUCCUUUUGAGACGGCAUUUUUCUUAUAUGUCGCUUGUACGAUAUACGGGGCAAUCUUCUUGCCGAAUGGCGGCAAUGGUAAACCCCAGACCCAAAAACAGAGCGCUCGGGGCAUCAGCGCUUUCUUCGCGCCUAUUAAAAUCAUCGUUCCUCAUAAAUACCGCCUAGAGUCGGGAAAGAUCGUCAACAAUUACAGUUUGAUCUUUCUCGCCCUAGGAAUAUUCCUCGGUGUAUUUGCUUCCGGGUACGCCCCUAUUCUUUUACAGAUGUACGGCACAUCCGAAUUCAAUUUCGGCACGACCGAGAACGGUUAUCUCAUGUUCGGAAACUCGGCCAUCCGUGGUAUUUUUCUGCUGCUCAUGUUUCCCAAAAUUAUAUCUUCCGGCAGAAUAUGGUUUAACGGCAAGCCGGCACAUGCGGAACACGGGGAGUCGGAACAGGAAUGCCAUAUUCCUGUUAACCCAGAAGACUUCGAAGCCGUCGAGGGCGGGGAAGUUCCACAAGAACCGGUCCAAGCACCCGAUCCGGAUGAAGAGGAUUCUGGAACAGGUUUUGAUCUUUUCUUCGUUAGAUGGAGUCUCGUAGUUGACUCCAUGGUGACUUUCUUCGCUGGGUUUUCUACGGAUGGAUGGCAGGUAUACUUAGCUGGUUUUCUAUUGCCAUUCGCUUCAGGAUCAGCGCCGGCUGCGAAGGGAGUCAUGACCGAAUUGUGUCCACCGGACAAACGACAGGACGCAAUUAGUGCCAUCACUUUGGUAGAAAGCACGGCUAGUUUGUUAACCCAGGGACUGUUCGGCAUGAUCUUUGCCGCUUUUACUGAAGCCGGAACACCAAGCUUAACAUUUUUCUGCAACGCAGGAUUUGCUGUGUUUGGCUUCAUUAUUCUAUUCCUGGCAUACCUGCCGCCACCCAACAGCAAGAGAAUCGACGAUGAUGACUCGGAAACCGAGGUUGAAAACUAACCUCGCCGCCAAAAUAAAGAAUUAUCAAAGAGAGGAGAAGGGGAACUCAAAAGGUAGCUUAAAAUUAACGGGAAAGCAUGCAUAUUGGCGCAGAGCAAAAGUAACUUCAAUCAUCCAUAACGAAUCCAUCUCAAAGACCAUAGAUAAUAGACGAAAUUGCGAACUUGGAAUACUAGCAUGA